AUGCCAGUCAGCCGGCCCAAAAGCCAGCCACCCAAAAAAUCCAGCCAAAAAGUGAGCAAGCCUGCCUGCCAGCCAGCCAGUCAGCCAAAAAAACCAGCCAGACAGUCAGCCAAAAAGCCAGAUAGCCAGCCAGUCAGCCAAAAAACCAGCCAGCUAGUCAGCCAAAAAAACCAGCCAGCCAGCGAGCCUGUCGGCCAAAAAGCCAGCCAGCCAGUCAGCCAAAAUUCCAGCCAGCUAGCCAGUCAGCCAAUAUACCAGCCUAAACGCCAGCCAGUCAGCCAAAAAGCUAGGCAGCCAAACAGCCAGCCAGGCAGUCAAAAUGCCAGCCAGGAACCAGCCAGUGAGCCAAAAAGCCAGAUAGCCAGCCAGUCAGCCAAAAAGCCAGCCAGCCAGCCAGCCACCCUCAAAGCCAGCCAGCCUGUCAGCCAAAAAGCCAGCCAGCCAAAAAGCCAGCCAGUCGACCAAAAAGCCAGUCAGGCAAAAAGGCAGUCACCCAAAAAGCCAGCCAGCCAGUCAGACAAAAAGCCAAAGAGACAAAAAGCCAGCCAGUCGACCAAAAAGCCAGUCAGGCAAAAAGGCAGGCAGCCAAAAAGCCAGCCAGCCAGUCAGCCAAAAUUCCAGCCAGUGAGCCAAAAUGCCAGCCAGUCAUCCAAAAAGCCUGUCAGCCAAACAGCCAGCCAGUCAAAAACCAGCCCAAGAGCCAGCCAGUCAGCCUGCCAAAACGCAAGCCAGCCUGCCAAAAAGCGAGACACCCAGCCCAAACUCCAGCCAGCCAGCCAGCCAGCCUCAAAGCAAGCCACCCACAAAGCCAGCUAGUCAGCCAAAAAGCCAGCCAGCCAACCAAAAAGCCAAGCAGCCAGCCUCAAAGCAAGCCACCCACAAAGCCAGCCAGCCUGCCAAAAA